GCGGCGAGGUGGCUAUUCCCAUUUCACCUUCGAAGUAAGAUGUUGUACGAGCUCUUGACCAAGUUGCCCAAGACGCAGGCCAUUGGCGUCUCGAUUGCCGGCUGCUUCGCCUGCUCGUACGCCGUCUUUGGCUCGCUCCGCUACUCGGGUGAGGACUUCGGCGGCGCUGCCCCUGGCGAGCCCAAGACGACGUCGGCGGAAUGGAAGGAGGCCACGAAGGCCUACGCCGCCCACCAGAAGAUGGAACCCAUCACGCACUUCCGUCAAUAAAUACGUGGCUAAUAUGGCCUCGUUUGCAUCGACGAACGACCUCAACUUAAUUGCAAUAUAUAGAUUGUUUGGACGCGUGCGUCAACAACGUCGAUCCAGACUGUGGGAGCUA